UCUUUCUCUCUCUCCUUAACGUGAAGAAAAGGAUCCCCGCGUUGUAGGGUUUAACCCGCGAAAUUUGCAGAAAACAUGGCGGAUUCAAGAGCUUUGGGGUUUAUCUAAGACGAUAAGGCUAAGGAAGAAUACGGUUGGAGUUCCGCCAUGGCUGAUUCCUCUAGGGAUGACUUAGUUCAGUUGCUAAAGAGAUUAGGCGCGUAUCUUACCGUCCAGAUGUCUAACCUCUUCUCGAUCUCCCCAGAUAAUCUGAGUACUCGCAGUGUUGGUGCUCUUGCGGGGCUUGUUAUUGCUAUUGUUUUUACAUGGAGGUUGUUGAGAACUCCUCCAACACAUCAAAGAAGACGACCCAAACGUCAGGCCCAAACACCUAGUAGUUCUGGUGUCAGUACUGCAGUUACAGUCGCUUCUGGACUCAGUUCAUCUUUAGAGGACUCAAGAGCUCAGAAUGUAAUUGAUGAGUUCUUCCAGCCAGUAAAGCCAACACUAGGGCAAAUAGUAAGACAAAGGUUGAGUGAAGCAAGGAAGGUUACAUGCCGAUUGCUCGGUGUAAUCCUUGAGGAGAGUAGUCCAGAGGAGCUUCAGAAACAAGCAACUGUGAGGUCUUCUGUGCUGGAAGUAUUGCUGGAGAUCACAAAGUUCUGUGAUCUUUAUCUUAUGGAAAGAAUCCUGGAUGAUGAAAGUGGGGAAAAAGUUCUUUUGGCAUUAGAGAAUGCUGGGAUUUUCACAUCCGGUGGUUUGGUUAAAGAUAAGGUUCUCUUCUGUAGCACAGAAAAUGGCAGGACAUCGUUUGUUCGGCAACUGGAACCAGAUUGGCAUAUUGACACAAGUCCUGAUAUCAUCUUUCAGCUGGCUAGGUUCAUCAAGUAUCAGCUCCACAUCUCUCCCAACAGACCUGAACGUACCGAUUCUAAUCUUUUUACCUCCCCAACUUUGGAGCAGUUUUUUGGAUUCACACACAAAUUAAUUCAUGAUGAUUCUUCCUUAAACUGGGGACUAUGGAUCAUGGAUCCAGUGAAGUUACUGCAGGUUUGGAUAUACUGAAGCCUUUUCUUAUUCUAGUUUUGGUUUCUGAAUAUCAGCUUUGUCAUUUUGUAGCCCUUAUCCCAGGAUUGAACCCUUGGCCUCAUAGGCUAAUAUCCAGCAUGCUUUAGUGGUUAGAGCUUCUUUUUGUUCUAGUUGCUGUUCGAGGUGAUAAAAGACCCCGAAGAUGAUCUCCAUUGUUUCCAAGGAGCUUUCAAUAUUUGAAAUUGUGCGUCACCUUAACUCAUUUGAAGCUUGAGAGUUGGAUACGAAGUGUCUAAAAAUCUUUGAGAUGAUGAAUUCUCAAUAUGUUUUAGUUGAGAAUUUAAGUCCAUAGACAUGGGUUCAUUUGGUGGUGUUA